GUAUAUACCAAAUUCGAAGAAAGAAAGAAAGAGAGAAAGGGCAAAACGAUGGCGGGUCUGCGUAGUUCGAAGAGAUUGAGCGCUAGUUCUUCAUCUGUGAAAGAGAAAGAGAGAGAGGGUAAAACGAUGGCGGAUCUGAGUAGUUUGAAGAGAUUGAGGACUAGUUCUUCAUCCAACUCCGAAAAAUCGCCUAAAGCUAAACCCAGAAAGGGAUGUAAGUCCACAUCUGAAGAUGGUCAAGAUAGCGUAAGGCUGUAUGCAACUGAUGCCAUAAGUUUCUAUAACAGCGAUACACGUCCAAAAUAUAAGCUGGUGGAGCCUGGUAACAUUUCAAAUGUGGAUCUUCCGACAUGCUCUCUUCACCAUAUCGACUUCACAGCUAAGAGGACUGGUGUUGGUAAUGCUCCAGAGGAGAUGUUUUUUGCUGAACUGACAACUACUGAAAAAGGUCGUCAUGUCAAGUUUUGCAAUUGUAUGGGGCCAAAGAACUCAAUUUCAGGAGAUAAAAACAAUGGCUGCUGUUAUUGCAAGUCUUACAAUGUUCAGCAUCCUAUGGGUGGAGGAUUCAUGGCUGGCGGUUCUGGAUUGUUCACGGAUGAGAAUGACUAUAAUAUCGUCUGACUGUGAACUUUUUAUAUGAACAUAAAUGUUAGUUUUGUGUAUUCAAACUUAAUUUAGAGUAGGCCUAUGUUUGACGCAUGCAUAGUUUUGCCUUUUGAUAUUUGUGCCUCUGAAUGAAAAUCUGGCCUCUGUGUUGAGGGCGUUGUACUGGUUGUGUCAGACAUAUUUCAAAGUUUGCGAGCAACAUAAGGAUGACAUAAUAUAUCUUGAUCAUUACUACA